UGCUACGGUGUGUAAAGUUCAAAUUGCGUUGCUUGGCAACCGUAUUAAGUACAAACAAAACGUUGUGCCACGGUUUCAAUCGCGCAAAAUGUCUCAACCGGAGAAGCAAACGAUGCAAAAACUCAAGUAUUUUAUACCGAAGAUGUCGCAGCUUCUUAAUAAAGAGCUGGACAUGAUGAAGUUCCAUCAAGAGUGCACCUCUGUGUAUCCUCGAAUGAGUUAUGCUAUGGAGCUGUUGCACGCACUCAAACCCAACGUCACGGGGCCAUUCAAUGUUGCUGAUAUCCACAUGGACAAUUUUGUUCGAGAGCUCACUCGAAUCAGAUUCAUCCCAGAGGUGAUGUCGAGGGAUGAAUUUGUUGCAAACUGGUUGAAGGAUAUAGAUUCAGCUUAUGAUUUAUUUACAUGGCUUGUCCUAAACCGUGAAAAAGUAAAAGUAAGAUUUUAUUUAGCAAACUUCGUCGACUGCGUCUACGUCCCAGAUCAAUUCCAAGAAGAUCCCCUCAUCAAAAAAGCCCUGGAAGUCAACAAAGAGUUGAUGAACAUGUUUUGGUUAAUUUACAACAACUACAAAGUCACUGAAAAAGAGUUAUCUGAGUGGCAAGAGGUUCAAAACGAUUUAAAAACGAUGCGAAACGAAGCUAACAACCUCACAAAGCGCAUUGAAACUCAAAGCGAGAAAUUAUUAACAAUCCCAAAUAACAAAACCCUCACAACCCACGCUAAAAUAGUCUCAAAUUGUAAUUUCCAAAAAAAUAAAUUAGAAAAUGAAAUUCAAACAAACUCCGAACAAAUUAAACGCAUGGAGAGCAAAUGGGCCCAUUUUAAUCGUUUCCAAACCUCUGAGAACCCCCAAUUAGAAACAAUAAUCCCCAAUUUGCGCGAAAAUCUUAACACAAGCCAAACUUUAUUAAACACAAGCGUAAAAGUUGAAAAAAAUAAAGUCGGCGAAUUAAACAUCACCCUUAAACAAGUUUUGGACGGCCCAACCGACAACGAAAAUUUAUUCAAAAAACUUCACACCAUGCAAGAAGUCGUCCAAAAAUUAACCAGCGAAAAAAUCUCGCUUCAUAACGCCGAAGAUGAUAAAUUAAACCCCUUCCGUAAACAAGCCGCAGGAGUUGCUAAUCGCAAAGAAACCCUCUCAAAAAAUAUCAAUUCAAUACGCAACAGACACAUAGAACUUUCCGCCGAAUUAAAAGAAAAAGAAGAUUAUUUACAUAAAACAGUCGGGGGGGAAAUUUACCACGGCGAACGUUUAAAACGCUUCAUUUCCGAAUUACGCGGUAAAAGCGUCGUUUAUAAAUCAAAACGCGAACAACUCCAAUACUGGUUAUCCGAAUCCGCUUUAAUUAAUCGCUCAACCGAUAUCCUCCGCUCGUUCGAAUCAACACUUUCAGAUGUACAACCCGAGCGAAAAACUCCCCCGAAAAAACCCUCGAUUAGCGAGACGAAUCAAAUUAAAUCAAUCGACGAAGCUAGAUUGUUAUCUAAAUCGUUAAUGUUACAACUAGAAGGGAAACGAUCCGGAGCGGCGUUAAAUCAAAAUCGAUUGUUAAGAUGUAGGGAGGAAUUUUAUAAAAUUCGAGACCAAUAUGAAAAAGUUAAAGCUAAUUUUGAUGAUGCCACGAAAUCCGUUGCGAAUCGUGUUGAAACUUUAAAAGAGAACGCGGCGUCUAAAACCGAUCAAAUUGAAAUAUUGGAGAAUCAAUGGAAAACUAAUGCCAUGAUACUCGAAAAGAUUGAUCAAGUUUACGUUCAAUUAGUCGAUGAAGUCCUCGAAGCACGCACUUCCGAAGGAAUGAUUAAACCGACUUAUAAGGAACGUUUGGAUGAGAAGCUGGAGGAGCUUCAAAAAGAUCUGGACGGUUUGAAUUGGAUUAUACACACGAGCGAAACUCGAAGGAAUGAAGUCUUGGCCAAAAUAAAAGUUUACAAAGCGUUAGAACAAAUUUUAUCUAAAAAAUGA